AUGACGGCCAUCCGACUACGCGAAUUUGUAGAGCGUCGUCCAGUGGCUCCACCUAGCAUAUUUAUCAGUCACCAAGGAAAGGACAUCAGAGGUUAUUAUCCCGGGCAACUGGCAAGACUCCAUUUUGACCACAGUGUGAAAAGGGUUCCAAGACCCCUCAUAGACUUGGCAAUUCCACCCAAGAGCCAAACUCCGUAUCAGCCUCAACUUGACCAGCAAACACUCAUUCGAUACAUUUGUUUUAGAAGAUUGUCAAGUCCUACAGCCACAUGGUAUAAUCAAUCAACUUACCUGAGAGACUACUCCCUGCCGUUUUAUGACACUGGUUUGGAUCAUAAAGUAGGCACAAUUUUAUCAAAUCCUAGACCACUCAAUUCACUACCGGAAGUCUACUGCUGUGACGAGAGAAGCAGCUUUGCAAGGAGCACUUUCUAAAACUAACAUAAGCAUGGUAUUCCAAGAAAACAACUGUGGGCAUCUCUUAGUGAGUAAAUUCAUGGGAACAGCACUGCCUUUCAGUGUGUAUACAGACGGAUCUAAUCCCAGACAAAUUUUGCGUUGACAAUUCUCCUCAGGGGAGAUUG